AUGUCAAAUUAGAAUACGUAAUAGUAGAGCUAAACUAAUAUGAAAUAGAAGCUAUUAAAAAUUUUACAGGAAAAGAACAAUACACCAAAUGCUGAGUAGAAGCAAAGUUCAAAUUUAGAUUACACAUCAUUGUAAAGGAAAUUGUCUUAGCCAUCUCAUAAAUUGCCUAUUGAAAUGAACAAAUCUGCAAGAGAGAUUUGGUUAUUUGAAAUGCUCAAUAAUUAGAAUCUCACAUAAAAAGUAUCAGUAGAUUGA